UCAGGCUCCUGUAUCUUCUCCCAGAAGGUAGAGGAGAGGGAAGCGAAUGCCCAGGUCGGCGGGCAGCACACUCAGACUGUGUCUGGAGUCACUGGCAGUGAUCAUUUUUGUGCGCCUCUCAUUUACGUCUCUAUUUCCAAAUGGGAGCGGCUUGCUGGUGUUUGAAGUGGCGGUCAAUCUGGAUUGAAAAAUGGCUGCACCAUGGUUAAUCUGGUACUUGCUGGCUGUGGCUUUCAUUGACUCUGCUCACUCCUCUGAUGGACCUAGCAUCACAGAAUGCCGCUCACCAGAACAGGAGACCUUCACGUGCAGUUGGAGUGCUGGAAGCAUCCAGAAUCUGACUGAACAUGGCCAGCUGAAGUUCUUUUAUGCAGAAGGGGAUGAUCCCAACUGGAGAGAAUGCCCAAAGUAUAUUGCUAGAGAAAAUAGCUGUUACUUCAAUCAGACCCAUACUUCAGAGACUGAGUACUGUGUCCAACUAAAGUCCGGUAACAUCACACACGACCAGCGAUGUUUUGUACUCGCUGAAAUUGUGAAACCAGAUGCUCCAAUCUCAUUGAACUGGUCGUUGUUGAACAUUAGCCAGUCGGGAUUGAUCAUGGACAUACAGCUGUGGUGGGCAGUGUCAGUGAAUGCCGAUGCCAGCUCUGGACGGAUCCCACGUAAAUUUGAAAUCCACUAUAAGCUCAGCCAGGCCGAGCACUGGAGUGUGAUUGAAACCUUACCUGGCCUGCGUCCACCUCAACCUCUUUACGGCCUUGCGACAGGGAAAGAGUACGCUAUCCGACUGAAGUGCAGUUACCACAACGUUGGCAAUUUCAGUGAAUUCAGUGACAUUUUAUACGUCUACCUUCCAACUCCGCACUCGGUAGAAGAUCCGUUAGAAAGGCCCAGCAUUAUCGAGUGUCGCUCACCCGAGCAAGAAACUUUCACAUGCAGGUGGAGCAAUGGAACUUACCAAAACCUGACAGAACACAGGCAGCUGAGAUUCUUUUAUACAAAGGGGAAUAAUGCUGACUGGAAGGAAUGUCCAAAAUACUUGCACAACAAAAGCUCCUGCUACUUCAACCAGACCUACACCUCCAUCUGGGUUUCUUACUGCGUACAGUUGAAGUCCGAACUUCAGGGUCAGGACAUCACUUUCGAUAAACGCUGCUUCUCCAUAGACAACAUAGUGAAGCCGGAUCCACCAAUUUCACUGAACUGGACGCUGCUGAAUAUCAGCCAGUCGGGCCUGCUUGCUGACAUCCAGAUGUGGUGGGAGCCUCCACCCACAGCUGAUAUUAAAAACGGAUGGAUUUCUCUCAAGUAUGAGAUCCAGUAUAAAACCAGCGAAAGUAACCACUGGGACUCGAUUGAAGCUUUCUCCACCACCCAUCCGGUGUAUGCUCUUGGUACUGGCAAGAGUUAUGACGUCAGGCUCAGAUGUAAGCAGAUUGCCAAUGGGGAAUUCAGCGAGUUCAGUGACACCUUGCGGAUCUUUAUUCCAGCACCUCAGUCUGUGGAAGAAGCCGGACUGUUGUUCAGGUUAAUCCUGGCCUUUGCUUCACUGGGCACAGCCCUGAUAGUAUUCUUGUUCCUGUACACCAAGAACCAAAGACUGAAGCUGUUUUUUCUGCCUCCUGUGCCUGUGCCCAAAAUCAAAGGAAUUGAUUCAGAUCUUCUCAAGAAAGGUAAAAUGGAUGAAGUGAACUCAAUCUUUGCAAACCACCUGAGCUACAAAUCUGACGUGUAUAUCGACGAUCCCUGGAUCGAAUUCAUUGAUAUUGACUUUGAUGAUGUGGAUGAAAAGACGGAGGUGUUGGAUACAGACCGACUCCUGGGGUCUGCCCACCCCAAGACCGACAAUGCCCUCAAUGUCAAGGAUGAUGAUUCUGGCCGUGACAGUUGUUAUGAGCCAGACGUUUCUGAAGCAGAAGGUGCUGGAUGUAGGCCGAGUGCCAACGAGUUAACCGGCUUUCAACUGAAAGCCAGUGAUGAGAUAGAAGACGCGAAGGAUGCUACGGGGAUUCCUGUGGGCACAUCGGAUGCAGAUGAUCAAAGGAGCCUGCAGGCAAGCGAUGAGGAAUGUGACUGUAGCCAAGUGCAACAGGGUAUCACAGCCUCCACCAAAACUGAGGUCACUCAUCCACCUGUUCAUAGCCAGCUCAGCAACCAGAGCUCCUUCGGGAAGAUGGACUUUUACGCACAGGUAAGCGACAUCACACCUGCAGGUGGUGUCCUCCUUUCCCCAGGGCAGCAGAACAAAGCGGAGGUAGCGCCAACCAAAGAAACCUCAGCUGUUCCAAAGGCAAGUCAGAAAGGCACGCACCCAGACAGUGCCUACACUUCAGAAGGCGACAUGAGGCAGUUCUGUGCCAGCAGCACGAGCAAAGAAAACCUAUUGGGCACAGAGAAAAACCUGAAUCAAAGCAACUACUUCACCACAGAGAGCCUCGCAACUACCACGAUCGGGUCUUGUAAAGAAGCAGAAAACGCCAGGCAGCCAAAGUUACCUGUGCCAGACUAUACCUCGAUACACAUGGUGGACUCCCAGCAGAGCCUAUUGUUGAACCCAAAUGUGCUGCCCAGCAAGAGCCAGCCCACCCUUGCUGGGUAUCUGAUGCCUGAACAACUUGGCAGUGUUGUCCCCUAGUUAGUUCACUGCACUGUUACAAGAGUGUUCAGAUAAACUCUGUAUAAUAUCAUGAAAGUAUUAGCUCGCAAAAAAAAUACACACAACGGUACCACCAUAAAGAAAUAUUAUAACUGAUAAAUCAAGAAUAUGAAUUAUUUUUAAAUGUCAGCUAUAUUUGUUAGUGAGAUAAGACUGUAUUUUUAUAAAGCUAAAACAGUUCCCAUAUAAAGAAGCUGGAAGAAAGUUCUCUGCCAAUUGGACUAGGAAUACUGUUUCUUAGUAAGCCAUUUUUCUAAUUCUUGGAAAUAUCUGCUGCAAAUGGAUUGUAAUGUUCCAAAAGAAUUUGGGGAUCAAGGAUAGGCACAAUGCCCUACAAUCUUGCAUCCCUCAAACAUCAACCCCCUAUAAUCGGUGGAACUGAACCUGGAGGCAGGAGUACAAUGCAAAUCCCCCUCUGCUUUGUGAUGAACUCUCACUCGGAACUUGGUCGAGCCCCCAGCUCAUCCCUGUGCUUGUGACAGCCCUCAUUACACCUCUGCUCACUUUAGAUGGACAACUGGCAGGAAUAUCUAACCGAAGCUUUACCGUAAAGUGGAUCUCAGGAACAAAGUCAAUAUUGCUAAUGAAGGAACUCAGACAUUAGUCACCUUCCCCAUAGAGGUCACUUAGCUCUUUAAAGGAGAACUCCCUGGGCAAACACACUCUACGUUUUCACUCUGUUUUGUCUCAAAUUACUGUGGAUGUAAGAGCCAUGCUGAGGUGGGCCUCAGUUGUUACACCAGUUCAAUUCUGAAACAUCUCAGUGCGGACUUAUCUGUUAACUUAAAAUCUCAGUCCUCCAGACAAUCAAGGCCCAAAGUAAUCUGUUGAAACUUCUUUUAAAUGGAAACCAUAUACACAAGAGAUUCUGCAGGUGCUGGAAAUCCAGAGAAACACACAGAUAAUGCUGGAGGAACUCAGCAGUGUAAAUUACUCCCAUCUAUAGAUGGCACGGUGUGGCGUGACACGGCACCAUAGCAGUUAGCGCGACACUUUACUGCGCCAGCUGUCAAGAUCAGUGUUCAAUUCCCACUCCGCUGGUGUACACUCUCCCUGUAACCACGUGGAUUCCUUUCAGCUCUUCCCAUUUCCUCCCACAUUCCAAAGAUACGGUUAAAGUUACUGAGUUGUGGGCGUGCUGCAUUGUCACCUGAAGCAGGGCAACGCUUGUGGGCUGCCCCAGCACAUCCUCACUGAUUUGAUUUGAUGCAAACAUCAUUUUUCACUGUAUGUUUCUAUGUACAUGUGACAAGUAAGGCUCCUCUUUAGAUCUUUAUCUUUACUCCCUCCAUAGAUGCUGCCUGACUUGCUGAGUUCCUCCAGCAUUUUGUGUGUGUUGGUUUAAGUAAAAACCCUCUCUUAAAUCAGCCAUGAACCUCCGUCACGGUUCAUAGAGAAUAACUGGGAAGUUUACCUGGAGAGAAUGGAUCCUUCCAGCGUACCAACCCCCGAAUAACCCUAGUCUAAUCACAAUGACUAAUUAACCUAUGAAUUGGUAUACUUUUAGACUGUGGGAGGAAACCAGAUCACCCAGAGGAAAUGCACAUUUUCUGCGCGGAGUACUUACAAGCUCCUUACCAACGGUACCGGGAUUGAACUCCAAGCUCCGACACCCCGAGCCGUAAUAGCGCCACACGAAGCAUUACACUGUCAUAGUGUCCUGCGGAUAAACUCCUCCCACCCUAUCGUCAUGUGAUUCAGGUAAAGCAAUCAGAAAAAAAGUCUUCAACUGACUUCUCGAUAUUAAUUUAGCGAGUAAGAGUUCUGUCCAUUCACCCUGCGUUUAAUGUGUUGGCCUGUUUAAAUAGUUGAAGAAACUCCAGUACAUAGUUGUGGGCAGUGGGAUUAGAGUCAUCGAUGGAACGUUCUGCAGUGGCUCUCCCACCCUGCCAGCUGAACGCAUUGCAACUAAGAAAUCCAACUCUUUGCAAAUAGGAAAUUUGAUCCUAUUACUAAACUGUGAAAAUAGUAUUGCUCAGAUAUGCAUUUAUAAAUUCAGAGUAUACUUUCAACCAAAUAUUCCAUAGCUUCAUAGAAUUACAUAGCAUGAAAAUAGGCCCUUUGGCCAACUGAUCCAUACUGACCAAGAUUCCUAUCAAUACUAGUCCCAUAUCCCUAAACCUCCCUUGUCCAAAUGCCUUUUAAAUGGGGCACUAUGGUAGUGUAGCCUUUAGCUCGAUACAAGUACAGUCAGGAAUCGGAGUUCGGAGUCCAAUUCCAACUCCAUCUUUAAGAAGUUUGUACAUCCUUCCCAUAAGCACGUGGGUUUCUUCCAAGUUCUCCAGUUUCCUCAUAUAGUCUAAAGUACUAGUUAGUAGGUUAAUUGUCCUGUCAUUAGGCUAAGGUUAAAUCGGUGGGUUGCUGGGAGGAGUGGGCUCAUUGGACCGGAAGAGCCUGUUCCGUGCAGGGUCUCUAAAUAAAUAAAAUGAAAAAUGUAGUUACUGUAGCUGCCUUUCCUCAGACAGCUCGUUCCAUAUACACACCACCCACUUUACCUCAGAUCUCAUUUCAUUCUCUCCUCUCACCAUAAAUCUAGCUUUACAUUCGCUGCCCUGGCAGAAGGACUGUGACUGUUACUCUGACUGUCUAUUCUGUCUAUGCUCCUCAGAUUCUAUAAAGUUACCCCUCAGUCUCCUUUGCUCGAAGGGAAUCAAUCCUCCAAAGCAAGCCCUCCUGUACCAGUAGCAUCCAUAUGAAUCUUUUCUUCACCUUCUCUACAUCCUGAGGUGCCCAGAACUGCACUGUAUACUCCAUGUGUGGUUUCUAGGAGCAUAGGUUUAGGGUGAGGGGCAACAUUUCACACACAGGGUGGUGUCUGUAUGGAACGAGGUGCCAGGUUGAGGCAGGUACAUGGAAGGAUAUGGGCCAAACUCAAGAAGUUGGAACUAGGUAGGGCCGCACUGUGGUUGGCAUUGACUGGUUAGGCCGAAGGGCCGGUAUUCAAUCUGUAAUGCUCCAUGACCCUUGCCUGUGGUGAAAGAAGAUACAAAGCUAUCUGUCAACGGCAGGUGGGGCUCAUCAGCUGAGGUUAGCAGCUCAUUUAGGAUAAGGAAAACACUGAUCUCAAACCUCUGCUGCCUUGCGUCUACACCCACUCAAGGGGAAGGCUUCAGGAGUAAAGCCAGAGGAAAAAUCCAGAGUUGGAUUUCUUAAGGUAGUCCUAUGUUGAGUUCAGUGGUGACUGGCAACUUCUGCCAGCUGUAUGGAGAGGGGAAGCCUGCUACAUGGGCAACAGCUUGCUCUCCAUAUCAUACUGCCCUAAUGUGUGUAUCCACCCAGCUUGGACGCAACAUCCAUGGUCGACCCCGACUUCAAAAAGGCCCCAGUUGUUGGCCUAAAACAUUAAUGUCUGUUUCCCCUAUGUAAAUACUGUUCAAUCCUUGUUAUACACAAGACUGUCAGCCAUCAACAGUACAGUUUUAUAUUUCUCUGAUUUCUGUCAGUAGAUUUAAGCAUGUAGUUAAGAGCUACAGUCACUGUGAGAACAUUCCUAACCAAUUUGCUACUCCAUUUCCACCCCUAGCUCUUCCCCAGGGUGUGGUGCUGCUGCUGUUUUCUCAGUAAGAUACAUGGGAAAAUAUUAUGUCUGUAGGAGCUCCCGAGUUCCACUUGCCAACGAGCAUAGAGUUAUCCUUCGAUCUUCACAAAGCCAUUCACCUACAGCCCACCCUGUCCCGGUAAUGUUGGCGUAGGCCCCAGCCAUUCAGUUGUAUUACAUGUUCGUUCCAGGAUGCAGUCAUAGAUCCAUCCCACAAUCGGGCGCCACAAAUUCCAGCGUAGGGAAUCUGCUGGGCCGGCCCAGUUUGUCCAUGCAGACUGUGUUGUCCAGUGAGCUUGUCCCAUCUGCCUGAGUUUGGCCUAUAGCCCUCUAAACCUCUCCUACCCAUGUACUUAUCGAGAAAGCUUUUAAAUGUUGCUCGUGUUGUCUGCCUGAAGAGCUGUUUCUGGCAGUUCAUUCCAAACCCGCACCACCUUUUGUGUGAAGAGGUGCUAUGGUGGCCCCUUUAAACCUGUGCUUCUCCCUGGGUGAACAUGCUGCGCGCUUUCACACUCUCUGCUCCUUACCACUUUAUGUGCCUCUGUCAGGUCACACUUCAAUCUCCUACGUUCUGGGAAAUAAAGUCCCGGUGUACACCAUUGUACACAAUAUACUUCGAGUCAUAGAAACAGGCCCUUUGGCCCCUCUAGUCCGUGCCAAACCAUUAAUUUGCCUAGUGCCAUCAACCUGCAUCUUUACUUUAGCCCUCCAUACCCCUCCGAUCUAUAGUAUAUACCCAUCCAAACUUCUCAAAUGUUGAAAUCAAACCCACAUCCACCACUUCUGCUGGCAGCUUGUUCCACACUCGCACCAUCCUCUGAGUGAAGAAGUUCCCCCUUGUGUUCCCCUUAAAUAUUUCAUCCUUCACCCUUAACCGAUGAUUCUCGCCUGCUCUCAGUAGAAAAUGCGUGAAGAGGCCGUUGGAUGCAUCUAGUCCGCUUGUGAUUGCCGACCCUUUCACAGGCCUGUUAGCAGUUGCAUUGCACUAGCUUCCUUAAUCCCGUUUAUAAAUUGAUUAUAUGUUAGUCAGUCCUUGAUUAACUUUCUAGCUGUUUCAGACAAGUGCGUUGAGUUGCUGACUGAAUAGCUGAAGGGCAGAUAAGCUAUUGAAAUUUCUGGCUGACACCAGGCCUCACUUAGGGACUGUAAUGGUGCCUUGCCAUUGCUCUAUUUUAUUGAAUUUUUUUUUAAACAAAUGCUCAUUACCUCCCUGGAUAAAAUGUGAAUCCCACAAAGUUCAAACCAAAUCAGUAAAUGGGCAUAUUAUUGUCACAUGUGCUGAGGUACAGUGAAAAACGAGUCUUACAUACUGUUCAGACAGAUCAAUCCAUUACAACGAUGUAGUGACGGAGUACAAAGUAAAACAAUAGCAGAGUGCAGAAUAAAGUGUCACAGAAAGGACGGCUCUGGCAGAUGUUAAGGUGCAAGGCCAUAACGAGGUAGGAUAUGAGUUCAAGAGUUCAUCUUAUUGUACUAGGGGACUGUUCAAUAGUCUUACAACAGAGGGUGUACAUUUCUAGAACAGAACACUACAGUGCAGAAACAGGUCCUUUGACACAUCUGCUACAUUCUGAACUAUUAAUCUGCCCUGUGCCAGUAACCUGCACCUGGACCAUAGCCCAACAUACCCUCCCAUCCAUGUACCUCUCCAAAUCUCACUGAAAUGGUGAAAUGGAACCAGCAUCCACCACUUGCACUGGCAGCUCACUCCACACUCUCAACACCCUCUGAAUGAAGAUAGUCCCCUUUCACCCUUAGCCUAUGACCUCUAGUGGAAAAAGCCUGCUUGUGUUUACCCUAUCUGUACCCCUAUCAAAUUUUCCUCAUUCUCCUACACUCCUGGGAAUAAAGUCCAAACCUAUUCAACCUUUCCCUGUCACUCAGGUCAAGUCUGGGCAACAUCCUUGUAAAUUUUCCCCGUACUCUUUCAAUCUUAUUUACAUAGUUCCUGUAGGUAAGUGACCAAAACUACACACACUACUCCAGAUUAGAUCUCACCAGUCUUACAACUUCAACACAACAUCCCACCUUCUGUGCUCAAUAAUUUGAUUUAUGAAGGCCAAUAUGCCAAAAGCUUUCUGUAUGACCCUAUCUACCUGUGCACCACUUUCAAGGAACUCUACGAGACAUACUCCUGUAAACCACCUUACUCUGCAGACGGGAGGGUAAAUCUGGGGGAGGAGACUCAAACAGCCUCUUAUCCUUGUUCCACAUUCACUUCACCUUAACUUGUCUCCAUUAACUUGCUUCCCAUUCUCAGUGGAGUAUUGUUAUCCUAAGGGUCACACCCUAGCUAAAGGUUUAAUGUAGCCACCACAAGGUUGGGUAAUUGUUGCUGCAAACUGAACGAAUAUAAAAGUCAAUUAUAAAAUAAUGGUUCUUUUAAAAAUUGCCUCAGUAAAGAACAGUGUUCCUUCAACGUAGUUUACAGUGGGACUGGUUUUGGAGGCCUCCUUUAACCCAUCACAGUAAUGACACCACGGUAAGUGUGGCAGUUAGCACGAUGCUAUACAGCUCAGGGUGUAAAGUUCGGAGUUCAAUUCUGGCACCGCCUGGAAACAAGUUUGUAUGUCCUUCCCGUGAGCGCGUGGGUUCCCUCCCAUAGUCCAAAGACCUAUGGGUUAGUAGGUUAAUUGGUCAAUGUAAGUUGUCCUGUGACUAGGCUAAUGCUGAAUAGGUGGUUUGCAUGGUAGGCAAGGGCCUAUUCUGCUCUGUAUCUCUGAAUAAAUAGAUCAAAAGCUGUUCUUUCUGUAAAGAAAUGUCACCUAUCUGAGCACUGCUGAUUUGACUUCAGGCUCUCUAUACAGGUCUUACGGGAGUUAUCCCAUUUGAUCUGUAUGCUGGUAUAUUUGCUUUUCUAUCUAUGGAUGAACUGAGAUUUGGACCUGACCUUGUAACCUCCUUAAAACAUGCCACCAUUUCUCAGUGUUUCCGAAAGACCUGUAAUUUCAGAAGCAGCAAUCUGUAUCACAGAAUGAUCACAGCUUGUCAUGUUCCAGAUCUCCUCCAGAGCAAUCACCAGUUCCACACCACCCCUGCCUCGUCCCACCUUUUCUCCAUAGCUUAGAAAAAUUUCCCCCACCCUAUAUUUGUCCAGUGCCCUCAAAGUGGAACCUGUCUCUCCCACAUUUGGAGGCAAUACAUUCCAGAUUCCAACCACAUGCUGUGAAAAAUCAUCUCUCCUCAUAUCACAUUUGAUUUCCACCUCCCUCGACAAUGAUUUCUGUGACCACUACUCAACUUCUCCAACAGUUCACCCCUUACCACUUCAUAUACAUCUCCCAGAUCUCUCUGCAUCCCGCUCUCAAAACAGAGUCAGUUCCCCCAAACUAUCUUUGUGUCUCAUCUCCUGGUCUUUUCUGAACUCUCUCCAAUGCCUUCUCACCCUCUCUACAAUGAGAUAACUGGACUCAAGUUCAACUUUAAUUGUCAUUCAACCAUGCGCAUGAAUACAGGCAAAUGAAACCGUGUUCCUCUGGGACUAAGGUGCCAACAGUCAGGCACAGCACGCAUAUUGUACGUAUGAUUAUGAUAGCAGAAAAACAUACAGUUACAAAGAUAAUAAUAAUAAUAGACUGAAGGCAAUAUUCCAGCACUCAUAAUGCGCUGGAGGAACCCAGCAGGUCAGUCAGCAUCAGUUGAAAAGAUUAGU